AUGGCUGAGGGCCUCAAUGUACUUAACGAAGGAGAGCCACCCGGUGGACUCACGAAGUGGGAGGCCACAGCAUGGCGUAGAUUGUACAACAGGCUUCACGCUCAGGGAUACCAGUUACGAGAUCGCUAUCGCCCGGGCUGGAUACCGUCCUGGACUGAGAAGGGGGUUCAAUUUGCCACUGUGCUUGAGCGCCACCUGGAGAGCGAAUUCGAGGACGCCAUCCCGAAUGACGAAUCUCAUCGUGUCAUGGACGCAACUCGAAUUGCGGACGGGAGCCAGGUCAUUCUCAAGAUUCUCGUCCCAUCAUCCGCAGAUAAGGAGGAGGACGAACUGACCGCAAAUCGCCUACUCUCGUCAGAACCCGCUGCGUCUCAUCCCCACAAUCAUUGCCUUCGGAUGCUUGAAGAGAUUGAUCUUGACGAUUUUGGUCUGCAAAUCAUCGUUUUUCCGUUGUAUCGCCCGUGGUUCGAUCCCCCGCUUCACCUCGUAGCUGAGGUCAUCCCGUUUGUGGAUCAGCUAUUGGAGGGUUUGUCUUUUCUUCAUGACCUCAAUAUCGCUCACGGCGAUAUCAAAUGCCUGAACGUACUGAUGGAUCCGAGCCCCUUGUAUCCUCGUGGGUUUAACCCGUUGAAAAUCGGGAGAUAUGCUCGCCCGUAUUCCUUACAUGAUCCACCCCCCGAGUGCACUCGUUUGAGUGCGAAGAUGCGCUAUGUGUACAUUGAUUUCGGUGCAUGCCAAAUAUUCGACAGUGCCGAAGCACGUGCAGCUGUACCAUACAAAGGCAAAGGUACUUUUGUCGCCCCAGAAGUGCGUGUAGCUGGGAGUACAGAUGUCAUCGGGAAUGGGGUGACUGGCAGGAUGUAUGAUCCGUUUCCAUAUGACAUCUGGCUCCUUGCGAAACUAUUCAUAGACUUGGGGCUUUACAAGUGUAUUGCUGCGAUGCGACCUUUGAUACAGGCCAUGUACGCCGACGAUCCCGCCUCUCGUCCGACCGCUCGACAGUGCCUGGACGGAUUCCGCGCCAUAGUGCCCACAAUAUCGUGGGGAAUGUUAGCGCGCAUACCCAACCCAAUGGUCACGAUCUACUUCACUCCUCGUUCGUGGGCCGAGGCCUUCAUGGGCCCAAGGCGAGCUGCUGAUGCAAAGGAGUAUUUGCACCGCUUGAUCGACUUUCUUGUCAGAACAGAUGGUGUACCUCGCCUUGAGCUCUAG